AAUUUGUCAAGGUUGGGAAUAACUAUAGUUAUUGAGCUCCUAGUAUCUAGUGUUUAAAGUUUAAUAAUCUAAUGGUGAUGAAGUGUUAUUGUGGAAUAAUGAGCAAAGCAUGUUUUGGUGAUUUACCCCGAAAUUUCUCCAAACUUUGGGGAAGGUUAUUCAACUUUGGGAAUUCCCCCAAAUUUUUUUCAGAUAUUGGUGAUUUCCCCCAAGUUGGGAGCUUGGGUAGUCUCAUUAAAAAUCCAUGCACAAAUUUCUGCACACAUAUGUAUUUUUGUACAGUGAAAAUACUAAUUCUGAAGAAAUUAACACUCAAGCAACCUUGAAAUUUUCAUCAACCAAGGUGGAUGACGAUUCCCAAUGGAGCUUUUCAACUUUCUUGGCUUUAAAUUUUCAGUCCAUACUGUAUGCUCAUAAAGACCCUAAGAUGCUAUUCGAAAUGUUUUCAUAUACUAUCAUUAUUGAUAUUCUAAACUGUCAUAUCUAUUCAUUGUUAAUUUAAGUUCGAUAUUUUCCAUUUCACCCCUAUUCAGUACUAAAGUGUUUAGAAAAAAUCCUUUUCGUUGUGCCAUUGAAGUUUUAGUGUUUGUAACGUCCAAUUUUUUGAAGUUCAUGUAAUCAAGAUUCUAAUGUUUAGUCACGUUCUAAGCCAUUUGGUGGUAUAUCAAUUUUAGUUGUCAGUUAGGCAGUUAUUUUUAUGUUCCCUAAAUCCGGAAUUUAUCGCAAAAAAUUAUCGUCUUCACAAUCAGUGUCAAUGGUGAGAUAAAAUGUGUUAGCCUAAAUCUCCGUAUAUAAUUAACACAAUAGGAUUUAACUAACAAGUUGAGUAUUAAUGGGACAAGACUAUAAUUUAUCGACGAACAAAUCAGAUAUCAGUCAGUCAGCUGCAAGGACCAGCCAUCGGUCCAAGUUGCCACACUUCAUAAGCACAACAAGACAAACACCAAAUUCAUGAAGUAGUUAUGUGGUGUGUGCUGCUUAUAUUGACAUAAGUAGUAUUUGAUGUUAGUCGUGAACAGAAGGUCUGGCAGCAGAGACACAAGAGAAUCGAAUAGUAAAGAAUGGAAAUAAUGCAAUUUGUAUGAAAAUGCAAGAACAAUGAAGUCUGAGUCAUUUUGAGAAUAUUGAUGAACAUUUUGCAAAUUAAGCAUUUACUUUAUGAUUGUUAGAUUUUAUUAACAAGUCCUGUAACUUUGUGUUAAGUACAUUCGAUUGUCCCCACUGGUGUUCUUUUCACUAUAUAAUAAUAUAUAAAAGAAGGAUUGUGUAUAAGGUUACAAUACAGAAAUAAGGAAUUAGUUUGUAGAAAGAAAAUCAGAUAUAAGAUAACAAGGCCAAGGUAAGCUGUAGUUGGUCAAAAGGGAUACAUCCCACUCGUUUGUCAAAAAAUGCGAAACCUCGUAAGCCUAUUUCCCACUUUUGCUUAGUGCUAAAGUAGAUCUAACCUCAGUAUUGCUCCUUCCCUUUUCCCAUGACACGAGUAGCGCUUCGAAUAUGUUGAAAGGGGUCUUGAUCAAUCUGUGUCUGUGAAUGUUGGUACUAAUUUAUGUACUGUUUUAUGUAACAUUAUCCCUUGAUUAAACCACUUAAUAAUUUCAUGCCUUAAUUUUGACAUGAUUUCUUUAUCUUCCAUAUUUUCUAGUUCUUUUGCUCCACAAAAGACUAUUUUGUCAUGGAUUUAUUUCCAUUCCAUUUGUUUGUUAUCUGUCGACACUAGUUCUGCGCGAUUUUCCAAUUUUUUUUAUCAUGUCUUUGAGUGAAAUAGUUGAGAAUGUAAAGCAAGCACGAGAACUGGCUUUGCUUGGAAACUAUGAAAGUUCGUUAACUUAUUAUUCUGUUGGUCUUGCUCAACUUAAGAAGUUCACUGUUUCAAUUUCUGAAGCAAACCGAAAACAACAAUGGCAAACUGUACGGCAAGAGCUUACAGAUGAAUAUGAACUGGUUAAAGACGUCAACCAAACGUUGUCUAGUUUCAAAAUAUCUGAUGAUGACUCGGGUUUGAGUGCUUUUGCCAGUCGCUAUAAUUCCCGUUCAACUGUUGAAGAGCCAACCAGAGACCCAGAUGUUUGGCCACCUCCCCCUCCUCUCGAACGAAGGCAUGGGAAUAGUUCUCAAAACGCUGGAUCAAAUAUUCAGCCAAAUCCAGUUUCUAGCUCUUACUAUAAGCCACCUGUUGCUCAUGCUCCAGCUCCCCCUCCUCCAUCCGUUAGCUCCAAGUCAUCUAAUAAUACUGCGGGAUCAUUUCGUCGCAAUGUCAGGCCCAGUCCGACGAAUCCUCGAUCUAAGGGCACCACUCAAACCUCUGCAAAUAAUCGUCGUGUCAAAUCUGGAUCUCAACCUACUGGGGAUGCUACUACCACUGCUAACAAUAACAAUGAAGAGAAAUUUGAUGUUAGUGGAUACGACAAAGAUCUUGUGGAAACACUAGAACGCGAUAUUGUUCAACGUAAUCCAAAUGUUCGAUGGGAUGAUAUAGCUGCAUUAGAUGAUGCAAAACGUUUACUUCAAGAAGCUGUAGUUCUCCCCAUGGUUAUUCCGGGUUUCUUUAAGGGAAUACGUAGACCAUGGAAAGGGGUAUUAAUGGUUGGUCCGCCUGGUACGGGCAAAACAUUAUUAGCUAAAGCUGUUGCAACAGAAUGUGGCACCACAUUUUUCAAUGUUUCCAGUUCUAGUCUAACAAGUAAAUGGAGAGGUGAAUCAGAAAAAUUAGUCCGUCUUUUAUUUGACAUGGCACGUUUCUACGCACCAAGCACAAUAUUCAUGGAUGAAAUCGAUUCAAUCUGUUCUCGACGUGGUGGUGAAUCAGAACAUGAAAGUUCUCGGCGUGUUAAAUCUGAACUUCUAGUGCAAAUGGAUGGAGUAACAGGAGCUACAGGACAAGAAGAGGAUCCUACAAAAUCUGUUAUGGUUCUUGCUGCUACGAAUUUCCCUUGGGACAUUGACGAAGCUUUGCGUAGACGUCUUGAGAAACGAGUGUACAUACCACUUCCAAAUGUGACUGCACGCAAAACUCUGCUGCAAAUCAACUUGAAAGACGUUCCUUUAGCAGAAGAUGUAGAUUUAGACAGUAUAGCUGAACAAUUAGAUGGUUAUUCCGGUGCAGACAUAACGAAUGUAUGCAGAGAUGCUUCAAUGAUGUCUAUGCGACGAGCUAUAGAAGGACUCUCAGUAGAGCAAAUUAAAGGUCUUAAUACUGCUACACUUAAUCAGCCGACACGAAUGGCUGAUUUCGAAGAAGCAGUCGGUCGUGUGUGCAGAUCUGUUUCAGCCAGUGAUGUUGAACGGUAUGAGAAAUGGAUGACAGAGUUUGGGGCUACAUGAACUGCUGAUUUACGUUUACGGAUGUGGACUUAUACCAUUCGCACAUAUUUGAUUGGCUUAUCCAGGUUUUUACCUUGCAAAUAAAUGUACUUCAUUGUCAUAUCUCAAACCUACGUAUCUCAAAUCAUCAGAUUAUAUGGAUACUACAUUCAUGGCUCAAAUGACUGAAUAACUGAAUCCAGCCUUCCAAUUAAUUGCGCUUUACAAUUGAGGAAAAAAUACAUCAAUUGCCAUGUUUUCUUGUUGGUUUACACUCGAACGUGUUGGUUCUCCUCUAUGCUUCCUACCCGUGAUGGAUAUUUUUUCACUUUACAUUAGGUAGAAUGUUUUUGAUUUGAUAAAUCUUGUAUGUCUUUCAGUUGUCCAGAAAUAGGCUAAUACAAUCUUUGUUGAU